AUGAAGGACCUUUCUUCCAUCGAGACUCUUCCCAUCCCCGAGGGCGUUGAGAUCAAGCUCAAGUCCAGGGUUGUGACCGUCACCGGUCCCCGAGGAACCUUGACCAAGGCUGUCAAGCACAUCCAGAUGGACAUCCAGAUUGUCAAGAGCCAGAAGGGCAACCAGGUCGUCUUUACCGUUUGGCACGGUAACCGCAAGCACGUCGCCUGUUUGCGUACGGUCAAGUCGAUGGUCAGCAACAUGUUCACGGGAGUCACCAAGGGUUUCGAGUACAAGAUGAGGCUUGUCUACGCCCAUUUCCCCAUCAACCCCGUCAUCGGAGCUGGUGGAAAGGACGUGGAGAUCCGUAACUUCUUGGGCGAGAAGGUUGUGAGGAAGUGUCCUAUGCUUGAAGGAGUCACCAUCGCUGAAGGCUCCAAGGACGAGUUGGUCAUCUCCGGAAACGACAUUGAGAACGUCUCUCAAUCCGCUGCCAGUAUCACCGACAAGUGCCGAGUCAAGGAGAAGGAUAUCCGAAAGUUUUUGGACGGAAUCUACACUUCGGAGCGCGGUACUGUGGUCAAGGACACCAUCUAA